AUGUUAGGAUCUAGAAGUCAACCAGGGAAAAAGCUGUCAAAGAAGGAGAAUCCUUUUGGUAAGCCUUCAAAAGGUCAACAACCUAGUGUGAGCAUGUUUUUCAUGAAGAAAUCAAAUUCAACAUUAGGCACUGAAAAAGAACCUUUAGGCAAAACAUCACCAUCAUUGCUAAACAGAAGUGAAUCAACUCCUCCUGCUUUUUUCAAAUCUAAAAGUUCAUUAUCCCAAAUGAGUAGCGGUUCUUUUGAUCAAGAUAUUGAUGAUGGAGAUCUGAAACCAAAAUCAACUGCUGUUAAUUUCAAGAGAUCUAAACCAAUCGGUACCCUAGGACCCCAACCUGAUAAUGAUGAUGAUGACGAUGAUGUUGUAGAGAUCGUUGAUGUUAAAAGAACUUUACCAUCUUAUAAACCACCUCAACCAAAACCAAAAUCAAAUACAACAACCUCAACAACAACAACUAGCUCUAAGUUAAUAACGCCACCAACUUCAACAGAUGGAGCCAAGUCUACAAAUGCUACAGUAUCAUCAAAUUCAAGAACAUCAUCAAGAACACCGGCUAAAUCAGCACCUAAAACAUCAUUGAGUACAUCACCUGGUUCUUCAAAAUCAAGUCAAACUACAUUAAACUUUGGCGGUAAACAACUACAACCUAAAAGAAGAAUGAAUCCAUGGGAUUCUGCUGUUAUAAUUACUAAAAAGAUGAAGAAUCCAAGAACUGCUAAGGAGGAAGCAUUGAAACAACAAAAAUCAUCUUCAAAUAGUUAUUCAUAUUCAAAUCCAAAAUUUUCACCAAGUCCCGAACAACAAAAAGUUUUAGAUCUUGUUGUUGAUGAGAAAAAAAGUAUAUUCUAUACAGGUUCUGCUGGUACUGGUAAAUCUGUAUUAUUAAAAGAACUUGUUGCUAGAUUGAUUAGAAGAUAUGGUCCAAAUGCAGUUGCUGUUACAGCUUCAACAGGGUUAGCUGCAGUUAAUAUUGGAGGUGUUACUAUAAAUAAAUUUUCCGGGAUGGGUAUUGGUGCAGGUGAUCAAAGAACAGUUGCAGCAAGAGUGAGUAAAAAUUCACAAAGUGUUGAAAGAUGGAAACGUACCAAAGUUUUAAUUAUUGAUGAAAUUUCUAUGAUUGAUGGUUCAUUUUUGGACAAAUUAGAAUACACUGCAAGAUAUGUUACGAAAAAACCUCAGCCAUUUGGUGGUAUUCAAGUUGUUUUAACUGGUGAUUUCUUCCAAUUACCACCAGUUCCAGAUCGUAAUGGACCACCACCAAGAUUUUGUUUCCAAGCUGAAUGUUGGUCAAAAUGUAUUAAUCAAACUAUAUUAUUAGUUCAAGUUUUCAGACAAAAAGAAAAUGAAUUUGUUGAAUUAUUGAAUUGUUUAAGACUUGGUGAAGUUAGUGAUAAAAUGUCUACAUUAUUUAAAUCUUUAUCAAGGGAAAUUACAUAUGAAGAUGGUAUUCAACCAACUGAAUUAUUUUGUACAAGGUACGAAGUUGAUCAAGCAAAUACUAAAAGAUUACAAAAAUUACCUGGUAAAUAUCAAGAAUUUGAAGCCAUUGAUAGUGGUAAUGAAUUUCAAAGAAAAGCAUUGGAUAAUUUAAUGGCUGUUAAAAAAUUAGUUUUGAAGGAAGAUGCACAAGUUAUGAUGAUUAAAAAUAAAGAUGAUACACUUGUUAAUGGUUCAGUUGGUAUAGUUGUUACAUUUUUCACUGCGAUGUUAUAUGGACAAUUUAGAUCUUUUUAUAAAGAUUAUGAAUUAGUUGAUGAUUCUACAAUGAAACAAGCCAAAUAUAUUUCAAGUUGUAUUGCAGCAGAUACAAUACCUGAAGAUGUUUUACAAUUUGCUUCAAGAUUACCAAAUAGAUCUCAAUUUAUGCAAUUAUGUACAUCAGCCCAAACACAAUCAAGAGCAAUGUUAUUACCUUUGGUUAAAUUUUCCACAGUUAAUGGGUCUCGAUUAGAGUUAGUUGAUAGAGAGGACUUUAGUUUAGAUAAUGACGGAGAAACUGGUGCAUCAAGAAGUCAAUUACCAUUACUGCUUUCAUGGGCUUUAUCUAUUCACAAAUCACAAGGUCAAACAUUAGACAGGGUUAAAGUUGAUUUAACAAAAGUUUUCGAAAUGGGACAAGUUUACGUUGCACUUUCAAGAGCUGUUUCUAAAGAUCGUUUACAAUUAAUUAAUUUUGAUAAAUCAAAGAUUAGAUCAAGUGGUAUUGUUAAACAAUUUUAUGAACAACUUAGAUCUUUUUGA